CCUAAAAUUAGAAGAAAAAGAAAAAGAAAAAAAUCCUCCUAUUGUAUCGUCCCCAUUCUCCACCACCAUUGUAGCAUAAUAAGGCCUCCAAUCCUCCUCCAUUUCGCUCUGCAACUUUCAUCGAUCAUCUUCUUCCCCCCACCCCCCACCCCCCCGCUCUCUAGCCUCUCUCUCCAUAUAUAUAUAUAUAUAUAAAGCCUCCAUCCUUUUCAUUGUUCAUCCCAUCUUUAUAUAAACUGCACAUAUUCCACGAAUUUAACGAUUCUUGAAAGCCCUUUCCGUUGUAUGUGCAGAUGUUCAUAUAAAAAUAUUAGGUAGAUUGUGUUAAAGAUUCGAUUUUUAUUGGGAAUUUGUGGAGUUUUCUUGGAUUGAUCUGGGAAUAUGUUUAAUACGCCAUUUGUACUCUCCUUUGUUCUUCUGUUAUCUUGCCCGCUUCUCUUAUUGUUUGUGCCGCGGUUUCUGCCGCCCAAACAUGUCGAAAUCUCUCUCCCCGACGAGCUUGAUGACCUCGCGCUCUUCCGCCGCGCCAACCUCGCCGCCGCCCGCGGCGGCGGCGGUGGUGGCGGGGUUAGGGGGGUGGGCUCGGUGUCUCACCUUGGGACGAUCAAUUCGCGGCCGAAAAUAGCGUUUUUGUUUUUGACGAAUAGUGAUCUCCAUUUCGCGCCGCUGUGGGAGAAAUUCUUCGCCGGGAACGAAGGGCUGUAUAAUAUUUACGUACACGCGGAUCCGUCCGUGGAGAUCACGCCGCCUGGCGGGGUAUUCCAGGGGCGGUUUAUCGCGGCGAAGAGGACGGAGCGGUCGUCCCCGACGCUGAUCUCCGCCGGGCGCCGCCUCCUCGCCGCCGCGCUCCUCGACGACUCCCUGAAUUCCUAUUUCGCCCUAAUUUCCCAGCACUGCAUCCCUCUGCACUCCUUCACCUUCGCGUACAACUCCCUCUUCGCUCCCCAACUCGCCGAGUCGACUCGGCUCCCGAUGUUCCGGAGCUUCAUCGAGAUAUUAUCCGAUGAGCCCCAAUUGCUGGACCGCUACGUCGCCAGGGGGGAGGACGUUAUGCUACCGGAAGUCCCAUUCCAACGGUUCCGGGUCGGGUCGCAGUUCUUCGUCCUGGCCCGACGCCACGCCUUGAUGGUGAUCAGGGACCGGAGGCUAUGGAGGAAGUUCAGAUUGCCGUGUUUCGAUAAGGACACGUGUUACCCGGAAGAGCACUAUUUCCCGACGCUUUUGUCCAUGGAGGAUCCCGACGGCUGCACCCAUUACGCUCUCACACGUGUCAACUGGACCGGGAGCGUCGGCGGCCACCCGCACACGUACCAACCGCCGGAAAUCUCGCCGGAGCUCAUUCUCACCCUCCGGCAGUCGAACUCCACUUACUCCUACCUCUUCGCCAGGAAAUUCUCCCCCGACUGCCUGAAGCCGCUGCUAGAAUUAGCGGACCGGGUGAUCUUCAAGGACUAAUGCCGGUCAGGUCAGGAAGGCCUUAUAUUUCUUCUUUUCUGGGUACUCAAAGCAGGGUGAAGGUGCCAGCGCAGAGGCCUAAUAAAUUUUAAAAAGAAGGAAUGGUGUAUAUACGGACGUACAGUGAAGGGAAUGAUGAGUUCAUCUGUGUAUUGUUUAAGCUUUUACUUCUUUUUCUUUUUUAUAAUUUUAUUUAGGUGGGAAUUUAUGUGAGAAAAGGAUGGAAGGUGUAAUGGUGUGGGCUUUAGAGGGGAAUCGGAAGGGGGGAGGGGAAAAGGAAGAAAGCAAAAAGUAGCAAAAUGCUCGUUGCAUUUCUUCCCCCCCCUUUUUUUUUUUUUUGGAAGUAAAGUUAAGUCUCUGUGCUAAUAUAAUAAACACUAAAUGAAAGGUCUCCCAUUUGCUCU